CUGCUCUUCAGGCCCUGAAGCGUAAGAAGAGGUACGAGAAGCAGCUUGCACAGAUAGAUGGCACGUUAUCAACAAUUGAAUUUCAGAGGGAAGCCCUUGAGAAUGCCAACACGAACACUGAAGUGCUUAAGAACAUGGGGUUUGCUGCUAAAGCUAUGAAAGCUGCUCAUGACAACAUGGAUAUUGAUAAAGUAGAUGAAUUAAUGCAGGACAUUGCAGAACAGCAAGAGCUGGCAGAUGAGAUUUCAACAGCCAUCUCGAAGCCAGUAGGAUUUGGGGAAGAAUUUGAUGAGGACGAACUCAUGGCAGAACUAGAGGAACUAGAACAAGAAGAACUAGACAAAAACCUGCUGGAAAUAAGUGGUCCCGAGACAGUACCACUACCAAAUGUGCCCUCAAUAUCAAUACCAUCAAAGCCAGCCAAGAAGAAAGAGGAAGAGGAAGAUGAUGACAUGAAAGAGCUGGAAGCUUGGGCAGGAACCAUGUAACCACAGCAGUAACUACCUGGCAAAAGACUUUGAUUACCUAUUCUGGGUGCAAAUGUGUUGUGUUGAGGAGAAAGCAUAAGCAAAAUGUCUUUAUCUUUAAUUUUAACCCAAAGCAGUGGGAACUGCAUUGCUGUUUUCUGCGUAGCAUGGUCUGCACAAAGGAAAGAGAGGGGAGCAGAGGGAGUUGCCUGCGGUUUAUACGGUUGAAUUGCUGUAAAAAGGUCUUUGCAAAAUCAAAACAUUCAGCUCUUGGACUGUGCUACUGCCACUGCUGGAUCUUCAUCUGCAAAGUUUGGGCCAUAUUGAAUUGAAGUAAGCUGAAAAAGAACACUCUGUCAUUUUAAGUCAGUUUAAGUGUGUCUAGAAGUCUCGUGAGGCAUUUACGAACCAGGACAAGUCGUAAGCCACCAUCGGCUUCUUAUUGUGUUUAGGUGCAAAAAUGCUUUAGGUUUUUAGUUCUUUGCAAGUUCUAUUUAUAUCCCUUGACUGAUGUGUGGCCAGCCUUGUGUUUGUCACUGCAACAACCUAGUCACUACUCCCAUUUCAAUCAGUGAGGAGGCUUUGCAAUUGGCAGAUGCUAUCUUGGAAGUAGGGAAGGUUUCAGUUUCAGUUGUACAUUUUUCUACCUAGCACUACAAUGUUGAUUGCUUUUUUGUGAUAAUUCAUAACCCAUUCAGAUACAUGCACACAAUUAUUUUAAUUAAGAAACUACUAUGGAUUGCACUGUAUUAAAUAUCUCGAUUAAUUUUCA